CAGAGAGUUGUUUCAAGAUGGCCGCGUCUAAAGGUACGUGUGGUAUAUACGAUAUCUUUUCGAGUUAUGAGCUCAUUUUGAAAGGACGUAUGCCAAUUUGAAACAUGUUUUUAUUUUUCUAAUAGUCGAGGGGCUCCUUAGAGUUGUACAGUUUCAGCUAAGGUAAGUUUCUUACUGAAGGCCAAGGCUUGAGAAAGUCACAAAAUAAGGCUCCUCUUUAAACCUGUCUCACCAGUUUUUAUAGCAUACCCUGGUGAAAAUCUUUCAAGGAUCUUUAAGGAUCUUUCAAGAUCUUCAUGAGGACCUUUGAGGAUCCUCUUGAGGAUCUUCAUGAGGAUCUUCAAAAUUCUUGUUAAGAUCUUCAAGGAUCCUUCAUUUUCUUGUCAAGAUCUUCAAGGAUCUUUGAUUUUCUUGCCAAGAUCUUCAAGGAUCUUUGAUUUUCUUGCCAAGUUGAUUUUCUUGCCAAGAUCUUCAAGGAUCUUUGAUUUUCUUGCCAAGAUCUUCGAGGAUCUUUGACUUUCUUGCCAAGAUCUUUAAGGAUCUUUCAUUUUCCUGUCAAGAUCCUUGAAGAUCUUGUCUGGAUCUUCAAAGAUCUUUACAUGAACUUUGAAGAUCCUUUAAAGAUCUUUGAAAAUUCUUUGAGGAUCUUCCAAAUUCUUGUUAAGAUCUUUGAGGAUCUCUAAUUUUCUUGCCAAGAUCUUCAAGGAUCUUGUUGAAAAUUUUGAAGAUCCUUAAAGAUCUUGGAAAGAAAAUAAAAGACCCUUAAAGAUCUUGGCAAUAACUUGAAAGAUCUUUGAAGAUCUUGGCAAAAAAAAGAAAGAUCCUUGAAGAUUUUGACAGCCAAAUUAAAGAUCUUUGCAAGAGAUUUGAAGAUCCUUAAAGAUCUUGACAAGAAUGUCAGUGAACCUUGAAGAUCCUGGCAAGGAAAUGGAAGAUCGUUGAAGAUCUUAGCAAGAAUGUUAUAGAACCUUCGAAAUUUUGACAAGAAAAUAAGCAUACUUAAAUCCUCAUACUAAGUUAAAAAGAAAAAUUGAACCAAACAUAAAAAAAAUGAAGAUAAAACUUUUUUUUAUUGCUAAAUGAGAAUUACCCAUCUUCUUCUAGUAGGACUACUUCUACACUAUUUCUGCUCAGACUUUAGGUUAGUACUAAGAUUUUCAUUUUCCAAAAAAUCUGGCAACAGUCCAGCUCAAAGAUAAGAAGACCAAAAUAUAUGUGUUAAACUUGUCUAGGACUAGACUAUGACCAGACUCAGACUACUCUUACAGAGGGGUAAACAUGAAAAAAAGGCAAACAAGAGUACUUCAAUGACUAUAUUUCUAAACCAUAUUAACCUAUAUACCAAAAGAAAACUUUGGAAUCACACAUAUUGAAUAUAACUAAUAUGUUGCCCUAAACCAAUUUGUUAUUUGACAUCAGAUCAAUUUGUCCACCACAUGGUGUGAAAAACCUAGGUAUACUUGAGAAAAGAUAACUGCACAAAGAUUGCAUGAAAUCAAGUGUUUUUAGUGUUAAAACAAAGUACUAGGGUCGUUCUUUUGGAUGAGCUAAGGAACUUUUGGAGUCGUUUAUAUUAUGGGCACAGUGCCCGUUCAAAGUUCACCGUGAUUAUUAGGUGAGUUAUUCCACAAUAUCUUACUUGAAAUUCAGCUUAUAGAGAAACUGUCAGCUUAUCCACCUCAACUCAGUAAGAGGAUACAGCCCUGAAAACCUCAGAUUAAUUGAACUAAUACAUCCUGAGGUACAAAAUAAGUGUUUUCGGGAAUUCAUAUGAAAACCUCUAAAAGAGCUUUUUAAGUUGGUUACACAGAACCAAGUAAAUUCACACCUUCUUCAGAAACAUGUCCUUCAGUGAGCGUCGAGGAGAAUCUCUCUAGAUCGAUAAGCCUUUAUCCUUGUCCCUGUAACACAUCAUUUGCAUCCUCACUCUCCAAGAGCUCAGAGCAAGAAUCAUUAGGCGAGGAUGGCAUCUUCAUUUUCUUUCCAGAAGUACCAAUGAAUUCUUUUCAUUCAGCCUCAGAGUCAGAGCAAUCGCGAGACCUGCUUGGAGUUUGAUUGACGAUUUCGGUUGUUUCUGUCUCUCUUUUCGCUUGUUUCUGAAACCCAGAAAACGCCUUUCCUUUACCUGUACAUUUUUCCUUUAGUUCCGACCAUUGUCGAUGAUAUUUGCCGUAAUUUCUUAUGUUUUUUGUUUCUCGGCGCGUAUAAAUUCUAUCCCAUAAUGCAAAACCCUUUGUCAUGUAAGUAGUCACAAAGUUUCUGAAACUCGAGCAUGGCGUUGCUAAAACCUUCGCCUUUCACAAUAAUUUUUGCGAAAAUUCCUUGUUGUGUUUAAAUUUAAAACAGUGAGCCCUCAAUUUACAAUUUUUUUGUUUGAAAUUACUUGAGGAUUUCAAAGGAACCUAAUUCCAGAGAUUGGUAGAGAUCUUGACAAAGUUGCCUUUGAGAUCCACAUCAAAUUCAAAAAGGAUCCUUACAAAGAGCUGCACAAAAUCAUGAAAUGAAUCUUUUAAAGAUAUUUGGAAGCUUGAGGAUCUUGAAGGAUUGUAGAACAGAUCAUGCAAAGAUCUUAGCAGGAUAUAAAGGUUCUUUUGAAGGUCUUAAAAGAUCCCAUUAAAUCCUUGAGGAUCCUGAAGGAUCCUUGAAAAAUCCCAAAGAUCUUGACUUAAGGAUUUAAGAUCCUGAUCAAAUUCUAAGGAUCCUGGCAAAGAUCUUUACAGGAUCCUUGAAAAGGAUCUUUUGUAGGUCUUUAAAAGAUCCUCAAUAAAUCCUUGAGGAUCUUGAAGGAUCCUUGAAAAGAUCUUGCAAAGAUCUUGAGUAGGAUCCUUGUAAGAUCCUGAUCAAAUCCUUAAGGAUCCUUGCAAAGAUCUUAAUAGGAUCCUUGAAAGGAUCUUUGGAAGGUCUUUAAAAGAUCCUCAUUAAAUCCUUGAGGAUCUUGAAAGAUCCUCAAAAAGAUCCUGCAAAAGAUCUUGACUAGGAUCCUUGCAAGAUCCUGAUUAAAUUUAAGGAUCCUUACAAAGAUCUUGAAAAGGAUCCUUGAAAGGAUCUUUUGAGGGUCUUUGAAAGAUCCUUGAUAAAUCCUUGAGGAUCUUGAAGGAUCCUUGAAAAUAACUUUUGCGAGGAUCCUUAUGAGGAUCUUUGUAAUAUCCUUUGAGGAUCUUUAUCAAAUCCUUGAGGAUCUUAACAAACGUUUUUUGCUUACAAAAGAUCUUUGAGGAUCUUUUACAGAUCCUUUUAAAAGAUUUUAUUGCACUUUGUCAAUCCUUGAAGAUCCUCAAAGAUCCUGUGAGGUUUUUCACCAGGGUAUUGCACUCAGACUUUAACUUAAAUUCCACAUUCUAGAAAAUCAGGAGCAUUAGUGAUGUAUCAUGUAGCUUACUGGGAUAUCACUCGGAUAAACGUAUUUAGAGAAAACUAAAACAGCGGAUAACGGUGAAGGCGUGCUUUGAUUGGCUACUCAGACUCCGAAUAUCUUUUGCUAUUCACGUUCGAGCAACUCGUGUGGGAUAUGUGCCUGAAAAAACUGAAAUCGGCGCAAGGAUAAAUGAGUUAAAAUCACCUUUUUGUGCUCUAUUUUCUUAAUGUUUUAGUUUUUAUUAAAACAACUAUUCACCUCAGUCUCAGUGGCCAGCAGUGUCCACCAGUAAAUAUUUACCAUUAGCCACCUCCACUUUGGUAAAUAGUUGUUAUAAUUAUUUAGAUCUAUUUGUUUUUAUGAAAAGUUCAACAUCUUACUUAACAUUUUCUCUUUGUAUUUAAGAAACCUGUCCCUGCGGCCAGUUUUGUGCUCAAAGCUGCACACCUGUGCAUUGCGACCUGCUACUUUUUCAAUUACCAGAGCACUAUGGGGGAAAACACUGGCUGAAAUUGAAGAGGAAAAGGGAAUUCCAGAACCCCCACGAGAGGUAUGCCUAACUUCAAAUUAGUAUUGAUAGGUUGUGGAGCUCGAUAUUGGGAUAUAUGCUCUCAUGAAAUACUUCACAGGUAUAGAAUUCAAUAUAGAAGCUUGCCCUUAAAUUAUGGCAGAUGCACAUGUGAUUUUUCCUUUCUUGCCGUACAUUUCACACUUUUUAGGAAAAUCACCUUUAGAAGUGCAAGAUCUGAUCAAGUUCUGCCUUACCUUGUAGACUGGUACAAAAGGCAUUUACGAGAAACAGGGUAUUUGUUAAGAUUACUUUGCAGUGCAAAUUACCAGUGCCCUGUGUCUGAAGGUGAUUGAAAUAACCAUUUGAGCAGCAUUUUAUCGGGGCAGUAAAAUCAAUCUCCAGAUUGAAUGUUUAAAUGUGGAAGUGAGAGCCAUAACUUGCCCUAACAGAGAGCAAGUGCUCAACACCAUGAUGAUUGAUUUUCCUUUAUGAUAAGCUAAUUGUUUUCUCUUCAGUAUAAUUGACAAAUAACACCUUAAAGUAAGCAUAUUCUCCAUAGUGUUCCCUAAAGAUUUCCUAAGGCGCAGACAGGAAGAAUCUGUUUGACAAUCAUAAGUUUUUUUGUUUAAUUUCCUUUAUUCUCUUGUCCUAAAUGUGUUUUUUUAAGGGUUAAAGGGUUAAUGUUCUCUAUUUAUCAAACUAUGACAGGGUGGCAUGUCAAAGUCUCUUAGUUAAAAAUCAGUAAUUUUUUUCUUUGUAGACUAUUCACCAUGUUAGAAGAGAGAUCAAAGGAAGCCCAACUAAGUUUAAUGCAGUAGCAAAACAGGUGAUUAGUUUUCUUCCAUUUUGAUGGUGUAAAAGAAGAAAACUAAAAGAAUAUUUGAAAGGUUUGCUUAAUAUACAUCAAUUCAAGCCCUGCACCCAUUUUUCCAUUCAUUUGUAAAGUUACAAAUGACACUGUAACUCUUGAUAUCCUUGUUUUCCCUUAGUUACCUAAUAUUAACUCUUUAACUCCCAGAAGUGAUUAACAUAAAACUUCUCCCUACAAUAUCCUUACAUUCUUCAGCAAACAGGUAAUGAGAAUAUUCAAACUUAUCAGGUAGAAGCUGCUAACUUGAUCUAGCACCAAGUUCCCAUAACUAAUUUACAAGGAAAUGUGUAGCAGCUACAGAGGAGAAUUAACAAUCAGAUCUUGGGAGUUAAAGGGUUAAGUUAACAAACUACCAUUAACUGAAUGCAUGUAGCAUUCAAUUCAUACAGUUUUUACUCCUGCAACCAACAAACCUGUGAAAUUUAAGCUCUUUUUAGAGCUUUCAAGAGCUUUCUUGCACGCUGGUGAAAUUAGAACUGAAAGGAUCAGGGUUUGAACUCAAUUUUCAGUGGAUGCUCAGGUCACAUCCACAGUCAACGUUUAAGUUGAGAGUUUGUUUUGUGAGCAUCAUUUUAUGGGCUGGAUUUAGUAUGCUGAAGUCUGUGGUUUCAGUUUGUGCCCUUGAUGGUUUUAUUGUGCUGGUGUCACUGGUUUAAAUAGAUGUACAUGUCUUGUAAAGUAAUGUUUGUUUAUUCUUGUGUGUUUGUUUUUUUUUUUUUGCACAGAUCAGGGGACUGCAGAUUGAAGAAGCUAUUAAACAGAUGACAUUUUCACCCAAAAGACCAGCAGAAAUUAUUAAACAAGUAGGUAUUACCUAGAGAAUAUAGGAGGAUUUGUAUUCUAACAGAUUGCUAUAUCUUGAAUUUAGGAAUAAUACAUACAGCUAAAGAAAGCAACAUUUCUCAGUCUAUCAUGCAGUUGGUGAUUUAAAUAACAGCUAGUCAGUCCACUCUCUUAGAUCCAUGUCUAAUGAGAACCAAAUUAAUUUAUUCCUUGCAGAACUUAAUGGUAAAAAAUGUCACAUAAUUUUUUUUUCUCAAGGUAAUCCUAGAAGCACAAGGAAAAGCUCAAAAGGAGCAUGAUGUAGAGGACAAGACACACUUGUGGGUUGGUAAGUAUUUACCAAACAAGUGUAGAAUUACAGUGAGUAACAAUGAUUCAUGCUGUGCUGCCCUUACAGAAAAGAUUAUCAGAAAACUCCACAAGCCACAACUGUGUUUUUACUAUGCUAGGAAGUAAUCAGUAGUCUGUGACUAAACAGUACAGGAAGAUUUGGGGUUUAACCUGUUAGGUGGCUGAAGGUGUAGGGUUACAAUAUUGAAUUUAAGGUAUUUUGAGCACUGAACCAAAACUGAAGUGUAAUAUGUGCCUAAGUGUUCUGUGACAGUAAUAAACAUCUUCACCCAUGACACUGGGUGAGCUCUGUCAUAACAACUGUUACAAGUUACGGCCCUCUUUGAAAGGCAUGGUGACUGGUGGUGUUGGAUAUUGGUUGUCACUGUGUUGAGAUAAUAGCAAACUGGCCUCAUAUCCUCUGGAAUGAGUCUAUGUUCCUGAGAGUUUCAUCUCUUAGCUGCAAUUUUUCUUGCUCUCAGUCAUUCCAUCUACAUUGUCUUCUCUUACAGCUCAGUCUUAUGCUAGCAAAGGACAUUACAUCAAGAGAAUGAGGUAUCAUGCAAUGGGUCGCUUUGGCAUCAGGCAUAUAAAAUACUGUAAUUACUUUGUUGUCUUGAAAGAAGGAACAGCCAGGCCAAGAAACAAGAAGAGACGAAGGAGACACAUGAGUGAGUUAGAACUUGUGCAAAGGCAUCCACGACACAUUCGGAACUCUCUAUCAUGGUGGUGAAGAAGGCUUGACCUUGAUCAUUAUGGCUGUGGAAAAUGUAAAUCCUCUCUAAAACACCUGUACACAGCCAACCUGGCUGUUAUGAAUAAAGGAAGGAUAUCAAUUUUAUCAGAUACUGUCCUUUUAAUGUUCUUGAAUAUGCACUUGAAGUAACUUCUGUUUCUAAUAGGGACGGAACAACGUGAAAAUAACAAAACAAAACCAAACGAACCAAGUGGGACCUGGAACGGCUAACGUGAUGACAAAAUAAACAAGAAUGAUAAUCUCUCGUUUUUAUUAUAAAG